CGCACCCCGGUUUCGAGGGGUGCACCUUCCAUGGGCACUCCGUCGACUCCGGAUAAGGCUUUGUUGAUGACUGGCGGGCCUGCGGGUCAGGAAUGUGUGCCUGGUCCACAGCAGGGGAGAUCUGCAGUGGAGGUUAUGCCCGGAGGCAAACCGUCUGGAGAACGUAAACCGUCUGGCGAACGUAAACCGUCUGGUGUAACGACUGCCGCGGGUCGGCGAGACGAUGUGCCCGUGAUUGACCACAAGGACAAGUUCUGGAUGCUGGACUGGGUGGGGGAGACCGGACAACCAUCGAGUGGCCUUGUUUUGUACGUGGUCAUCGAAGACAAUAUUGUAUCGGUUGGCGGCCUGGUGAGGUGGACUGGACAAAAUGUGACGUCUGCAACUUUCGAGUUGACGAUGGUCCUGAAUGGAAGAGGGGAAAUAAUACCAAACAUUAAACACGUCGCUUUUCGAUGGGCCAACCACGCGGGGUUCGGAAAGUCGUUGGUUGAUGUGUUCAACCCACCAGGGACAUUGACAGUGAAGUUGCCUAACCUCGUUGACGUCCUCGGGUUUUUCGACAGUAAUGUGAUCGCGGGCAGAGAGCCAGUUGUGCAUCCAGAGGACCGCAUAUCAGAGCCUAAAUGCGUGCUUUCGAAAACCGUGGAGACAGGGCCUUCGAUCACGAUCCGUGAUACGCCACCUGGUCCGAAAGCUGGGCAGAUCGGAGAGAAGGGUCUGUGCCGUGGACUGGUCGUACCAUCAGCCCCUAUGAAAACCAGGCCAACGGCGACCAAAGCACCAGUUUCCUUGGGCAGCCGAUCGCGCUAUGAUGUGGCCACCAAUGGACAUCUCCCCUUGGUGGGCCAGCAUCGCUAUGACUACUCUGUGCCAAGCCGCGCAGAGGAAGCACAUGAGUAUUUUGAAGACGAGGAUGAAGAGAACAACGAGGAAUAUUCGGAACGAGCAGGAGGACAAGAACAAUAUGUUGCGGGUGUCGGUGGCAUGACAAGGCAUCCAGGAGAGACAAGUAAAGUGGUUGGACAGGAUGAAGACAGUGAGCGCACUGUGAGCGCAUCGGGUGGGGAGGUUGGUCUGGCAGGAGGAUAUGGGGGCAGCUACGAAGGAUAUGAGGGGGGAUGUGCACGCGACAGUGGCUAUGGCUAGGCAUACAGAUGCUGCAGGGCUCACUGAGCGAAAGAGGAAGCACAAGCGCGAGAGGAAAAGUCUUAUGGAUAAUAAACGGAGUAGGCAAGA